UCCCCUGAAUGGCUGUCGGAUCCGUUUGAGAAUUCGACAGAUAAUGACAGUGUCACAAGCUUCCGAUGUUUGGACGACUUUGCAAUCGUGGAUUAUGAAAUGUUCGAAGGGCGUCGUGGCUCGGAUCAAAGCGCGGAAACAGUUCCUGAUGGUUAUACGAGGAUGAAAGAGACCGACAGGGAAUUUGUAAACAUGGACAAUGCGGUGGAUACAAACGAGAGUCCUGCUACUCAGAACGAUUCCAAUCAGUUCGGGGAAAAGGAAGAGCCUGUGGCGGAAAGUGGAGACCAGAGCAUGGAAGUCCUGGAAGAGUGGUUUAAUCCCACUGGAAAAGAUGCGCAGCCCACUCAAUCCAGUGAUAGAAUUGACCCUGUCUACUCAGAAGUUGGAACACAAAUACCUACGGCCGAACCGAUUAACACCGAAGUAGAAUCCCAUUCCAUCUAUUCCGUAGUUGGAUCUAAAAUCUCAAGCUGA